GCGGAUUUCGUAUCAUGUGCUACUUUUCAAACCAAGUAAAAUUCAGGCUCUUUCCAGAGUACAUCAUGCCACAUCAGUGCACGCAUAUUGUAUACGCCGUUGCAUAUACCAAAGGGUUGGGCUUAAGCCACGUUGAAUGGUCAGACCUGCCUUUUAGAAAAUUCCAAGGAAUGUAUGAACGUGUAGUGGGAAUAAAGAAUAAAAAUCCAGACUUGAAAGUACUUCUAGCAGUGGCCAGCUCGCCGUCUUCAACAGGUGAUCCUUACGUAUCAAUUCAGUCAUCCCAAGUAACGCGCCAGACGUUUGCCCAGAAUGUUGUAGUAUUUCUGCGAAGACAUGGCUUCGACGGAGUGGAGAUUUCCUGGAAAUAUCCUGACGUUCACAGCCCACCCAUUACGAACAAAGAGAAGUUCGCGCUCAUAUUUAAG